AUGUAGAAUGCCUGGUAAACGACGAAGAGCGGCGGAUUCGGACAAAGAGGUGCCUGUGAAGCUAAGGAGAAUUAAUUCGUUGCUGCUUAAUGAAUGUGCAAUUCUUGUUCAAUCGACUGAGGAUGCUUCAACCUUACUCGAAUUACUGAGAAACGAUAUCGACAGGACUCAAUUUGUAAAUAGAUGGAUGUCCAUAUGUGACUCGAAUAUUCAAACGUUAAGGAGUGUACUGGAUGACCUUUAUUGCUCGUCGGAUAAGCAGAGAUGUUUGAAUCUAAUUCAACAGUUUAUUUGUCUUCGAGACAAAUUUGAAGUUUACUUGAAGCGAGGUACUGAAGUUGCUGAACCUGCAGUUCCAGCAGUACAAUUGGAUGGAUUAACGGACCGUGUGCGAUGGGCUAACUGUGAAAAUGCCUUUAAGUGUCGAAUUCAAACGAGUAUUAUCGUCAACCUAGUCCACAUAGAUGUCAGUGCUUUUUUGGACGACGCGAGAAUAUUGUUUGCGGAAUACAUUGCAACUGUAUUGGAGAAGCAUGGUCCACUGAAAGUAUACGCUGUUCUUGGUGCUAAAUUCCGGAAAGUCGUCAACGAUGAGGAAAAAGUUGAAUCGAAGUACUUUAAUGUGAAGAGUGAAAUAAUAUUCCCGACAACAAAAUUAAGUGUUUGGUACUGUAAAAAUGUCAAGGAGCCAAUUUUGAAGCAAGUGGAGGAGUUUACAGAGAAGGAAUCACAGUGGACAUUGCAUUCGAUUAUGAAAUUGGAAAUUAACGUAAAUAAAUAUAAUCCAGUACGUGUUGGAUCCUAUAUUGAUUUACCACAUCAAAUAAAAAUAAAGAAGGCUUGUGUCAAUGUACAAAAUUCUGACAAGAUGUGCUUCAAGUGGUCAGUAUUAUCGGCUUUGCACCCAAGAAAUCAUCACUCAGAUCGAGUUUCGAGUUACUAUGAGUUUCAAAAUGAAUUAAACUUUACUGGAAUCGACUUCCCCGUCAAUUUAAAGGACAUUGUAAAAUUCGAGAAGCAAAAUGACAUCUCUAUCAAUCUAUACGGACUUCGCUUAGUGAACAAAAAUUUCAUCACUGUUCCAUUACACUUGACUUCAAACAAAAAAGCGAGACACAUUAAUUUAUUAAGAGUUGAAAGUCACUACGAGAACGAGGCUGAUAGUGAUGAUGACGAUGUUCCUGAUGUUACCAUUCCUGCUGCAUCUGAUGAUAUCAUAUCACCAAAAUAUCACUAUGUACGGAUUAAGAACUUAUCGAGGCUUGUAAAUUAUCAGCUAUCUAUGGAUGGACAUAAAAAACAUAUUUGUGACCGAUGUCUGCAUUAUUUUGUCACCGAGGAGAGGUUAACCCGACAUGAGCAGGAAUGCAAAACUUUAAACGAGUGUAAAAUCAACCUUCCAAAACCUGGGCAGAAUUUCAUUCAGUUUAAAAAUUUUAAAAACAAGGAGAAAGUUCCAUUUGUAGUGUACGCCGACUGUGAGUGUCUGCUGAAUCCUGCUGAAGCUGAAGAAACAACUAGCAAUACUGAAGUGAUUCAACAUCAUGAAGUGUUCAGUAUUGGUUAUUACGUGAAGUGCAGCUAUGAUGACACGUUAUCCGGAUACCAUUCCUGUCCAGAGGGAGCAGAUGCAGCCAAGUGGUUUGCCCAGGAGUUGAAGCAGUUGGCUGAAAAAGUAGACGAUAUCUUCAAAAAACCGAUUCCAAUGAUCCCGUUGACGCAUGACGAGAUUGAAGCUUUCGUGGAUGCUUCAAUCUGUCACAUUUGUGAAGGGCAGUUUUCACCGCUGGAGAAGAAAGUUCGAGACCACUGCCACCUAACAGGUAAAUAUCGAGGCCCAGCGCACGAAAAAUGUAAUUUAAAUUAUCAAGAUUCGAGAGUAGUGCCUGUUGUUUUUCACAAUUUGAGUGGGUAUGAUGCUCAUUUUAUAAUUCAAGACAUUUGCCUAGAAUUUGAAGGAAAGAUUGAUCUUUUACCAUUGAACAAAGAAAAAUACAUUUCUUUCACUAAGCAUGUUAAAGAAACGGAAAUCAAAUUUCGAUUUAUUGACUCUUUCAAAUUCAUGGCUUCGUCUUUGAAAAAAUUGGCAUCAUACCUCUCUGAAUAUAAAAUUGUCAAUCAAGAAUUUUCUAACUUCAUGGAUGAAGAAAUCGAAUUUCUUACACGAAAAGGGGUUUUACCUUACGAAUACUUAGAUUCUCGAGAUAAAUUGAAAGAAACAAAUUUACCGACUAAAAAGCAAUUUUAUAGUACACUUAAUGACAGUACGGUAUCUGACGAAGAUUAUGAGCAUGCCCAACGUGUUUGGUCUACUUUCAAUUGCUCUAAUCUCAGUGAAUAUGUUGAUUUGUACAUGAAGACGGAUGUGUUGCUAUUGGCAGACAUCUUUGAAAAUUUUCGUGAUCAGUGGUUACAAGCUUAUCGACUUGAUCCUGCACAUUAUUAUACGACACCGGGUUUAACGUGGGACGCGAUGUUGAAAUAUACCAACAUGAAGUUAGAAUUGCUAACCGACAUUGACAAGCUAAUGUUUUUCGAGCGAGGUGUGAGAGGGGGCAUUAGUCAAUGUAGCAAUCGCUAUGCUUGUGCGAAUAAUCCUUUCAUGGAAAAUUUUAAUGAAACCGAAGAAGUCAAGUACAUUAUGUACUACGAUGCAAACAAUCUUUACGGUUGGGGUAUGGUACAACCACUCCCUUAUGGUGGAUUUGAGUGGGUUCAAGUUCCCGACAAUUUUGAUUUCAAUAUACCUGAUGAUUCUCCUUUUGGCUACGUUUUAGAAGUAGAUUUAUAUUACCCGAAAGAGUUACACGAUAGUCACAGCGAUUUACCAUUUUGCUCUGAACACUCAAAUCCACCAUCAGAAUCAAAACAAGCAAAGCUUUUGACUACAUUGAAGCCUAAGCGCAAGUACAUUAUUCAUUAUAGAGUUUUGAAACAGGUUCUUGCUAAUGGUCUUGAGUUGGUUAAAAUUCACAGAGUCAUGAAAUUUAAACAGUCGACAUGGCUUAAGCCAUAUAUUGAUUUCAAUGCCACAAUGAGAGCCAAUUCGAAAAAUGAAUUCGAAAAGAACCUGUUUAAACUCAUGAAUAACGCCGUUUACGCAAAAACUAUGGAGAAUGUACGCAAACAUGUUGAUGUAAAACUUGUUACUAAAUGGGGUGGUCGCUAUGGAGCUGAGGCUGUAAUAUCGAAACCAAAUUUUCACAGCCGUUCGAUUUUCUCUGAAAAUUUGGUUGCGAUUGAACUGAGAAAAACUGAGAUUUUGAUAAACAAACCGAUUUAUAUUGGUUUUUAA